AUGCGACACGAGUUAACAAACAAUCAAAAACAACGUGAUUCUGAUGAAAAUUCAAACAAGAAUAACUUAAACAUUCCUGCGAUAACCCUUAACUAUGAUAGUACAGCACCAAAGGUGACUCCAAUUUGGCGUACAAAGAGUGCCAGUCGUUCAUCGGUAUUUCCCGAAAUCAAACGUUGUGAUGCUGUAAGCGCGAUUCCAUUGAGUACAGAUGAUGAAUUACUUAAAAUACGUUCAACUAAAAAAUCAAUUCGACAAGUCAUCGAUGAAAAAGAUUCUCCACCGAUUGUAACUAUUAAUGUUAGCGGCAAUCGCUUUCAAACAUAUCUGUCAACAUUGGAAGCGUAUCCAAAUACGUUAUUGGGAAAUGCGAAGAAGCGUAAAUAUUUUUGGAAUUCCGAAACUAGAGAAUAUUUCUUCGAUCGGCAUCGUGCGUGUUUCCAAGCUAUUCUUUAUUACUAUCAAUCAAAUGGUCGUCUCCGUCGGCCCGAAUUCGUUCCUAUCGAUACAUUUCUCGAAGAAAUCGCGUUCUUCGAACUCGGUCCAGAAGCAUCGGCACAAGUGCGUCGAGUCGAAAAUAUUAAAGAUGUUGUACAUGUAAAGAUGCCAAAGAUGCUUUGGCGUCGAUACAUUUGGUUCUAUCUGGAAUUUCCUCAACAUUCGCAUAUUGCACGCGCAAUCAAUUUAAUUUCGACACUGUUCACACUUCUUUCAUGUAUUUCAUUAGCCGUCGAAUCUCUACCUGCUUACACCGAUCAUUGGGACAAUAUAUGUAAACUAGAAGCAAACAUUUCCUUAAAUGCAACCUACGUACCACGUUGUUCAGCUCUAUUCACCUCGCCUUUCUUCAUUAUUCAAACGAUAUGUGUGGCAUACUUUACUAUUGAAUUUGUUCUUCGAUUCAUCAGCACGCCAUCAUAUCUUCGUUUCAUAUUAUCAUUCUUUAAUUGGGUCGAUCUCAGUGCCAUCGUACCUUAUUACGUUUUCUUGGCUAUUCAGCUAGCUGAUGAAGAUAUUGGCUUAGACACGAACGCAAUACUCUCUAUACGUCUCCUGCGCAUACUACGUUUUUCGAAGAUCUUUAAAAUCUACUUAGUAUUCAAACAGUUAAAGUCAUUACGCGUGUUGAGUGCAACAGUAAAAGAAUCGGUUGUUGAUUUCAUCGUUAUGGUUAUAAUUUUAGCUUUGGUUGCGUUUUUAUUCGGUGCAGCAGCUUAUUUCGUUGAACAAAAUGAAAAUAGUAGCGUAUUCGAUUCAAUACCUAGUGCCACCUAUUGGGGAAUAAUUACAAUGACAGGAGUCGGAUAUGGUGAUAUGUGUCCAAUAACCGCUGCCGGUCGUAUUAUCGCUUGUCUAUGUGCUCUAUGUGGUCCUGCGACGAUGGGUAUGCUUAUUUCCGUAUUUGUUGAUCGUUAUCAGCGUGUGUACAAUCGCAAAAUGUACAUUGUCGAGCCAGAAAUUUCGUCUAUGGAACUCGAUAAGAUGGCAAAUGGUGAUGAAGACACGAAAUCAGUUGCAUCUUCAAGACGUGCCGGUCGACGAGCAGAACUAUCGCGAACUAUUUCGCAACAAUUUUCCACAUUUCAUAGUAAAGUGAAACCCGAUCAAUAUCAGUCCUAUAAAUUUCAAUUCGUUCUUUCGUUUGACAAGAAGAAGGUCGAGAAAGAUAACGAUUCCACUGAUCGAAUGAUAACAGCGAUGAAGAAAAAGUUAACUGAAGCAAUCUCCAGUACUGAUAUCGAUGUGGAUUUGAAACUAGUCGAUAAUGAUAGUAAAGAACUCUGGGCAAUUUCAUCUUCACGUGCAUCGACAAGUGUCAAUUCAAGUUUUGCUGCGAAGACGCAUGAAAAUGACGUCAGAAAACCAUCGAAAGUUGAAAUAUUCUAA